CCACACUGCCAUUUCCAUCUCAACCUCCCUAAAACCCUCUAUCAGAGCUCCAAACAAUUUCCAUGGCGUCCGCUUCACCUCUUCACUUUUGGAUGACAAAUCAACUUCCUUCAACUUCAUAUAUCCCUAACCCUAACCCUAACCAUCGCCUUCUUCACAUUCCAGCUAUCUCUGUAAACCUACGGCAAUUGUCUUCUCGUUGCUCCGUCGUUACUUGUGCUCGCCGUCGUAGCAGCAAAAGCAACUCUGCAGUCCCUUCCUCCAAGAAGAAGAAGCAAGGAUUGGGUCGAAGUAGUGUUGGUAAGGAAGAAGAUAUUGAAGAGGAUGCUUUUGAAGCACUCUUUAAGCAACUAGAAGAGGAUCUUAAAAAUGAUGGCUUAUCAUUUGAUGAUGAUGAUGAUGAUGAGAUAAGUGAAGAAGACCUCAUAAAACUUGAACGUGAGUUAGAGGAAGCACUAGCAGAUGAUGAGUUAGUUGCUUUGUUUGAUGAUACUAUCAACGAGGUAAACAAGGUCAAAGUCAAAGACAAGAAGGUGAAAAACACAAUAGAUAUAAUGGUGAAUGAAGCAACUGAAGAGACUGAAACACAAGAUGAAGAAGAUGAUGAAUAUGAAGAUGAAGAUGAAGAUGAAGAUGAAGAUGAAAAUGAAGAUGAAGGACCAUUGGAACUCAAAAGAUGGCAGAUGAGGAGAUUGGCUUAUGCACUUAAAAAUGGACGCCGGAAGACUAAUAUCAAGAAUCUGGCUGCAGAUUUAUGUCUAGAUAGAGCUAUUGUUCUUGAAUUACUUCGUGACCCUCCUCCAGAUCUUCUUAUUCUGAGUGCUUCAUUACCCGAUAAACCGGAUCCAACAAUUUUGGAGCCAAUAAUAAAUCCCGAAGAUGCCCUUCUGUUGAAAAGUGAAAAAAAUGCAAUAAAUUUAAAUGGAAAGUCGACUAAAAAAGUUCCAGUUCAUGAAAUGCAAAGUAAUUGGUCUGCUCAAAAGAGACUGAAGAAAGUGCAUUUGGAAACCCUUGAAAGAGUUUAUAGAAGAUCAAAACGUCCCACUAAUGCUAUGAUUAGUAACAUUGUGCAUGUGACGAAUAUACCCCGCAAGAAAGUUUUGAAAUGGUUCGAAGAUAAACGUGGUGAAGAUGGUGUUCCCAAUCAGCGCCUUCCAUAUCAACGGGAGACAGAAGCAGAAAAUGAACAUCAGAUUAGCUCUGGAGACGCGACAGAGGGCGAAAAGGUAAUUUAGGAUAGAGGGUUCAUGAAGGUUGGUAUAGAAGGUAGUGGUGAAGAUCAUAGGCAAUUAGGCAUGUUAUGGUUUUGGAGUUUAUUUUUGUAAAAUUAUAAACUUAAAAAAAAAAAAAAGAGAGAUUUUGUUCUUUAUAGACCUAUUUUUUGUACCUAGUUUAACACUAAUAGAAAAUAUAAACAAUAAUUAUAUGAAA